AUGCUUCGCGUCCUUCAUAUGUCAAUCGUUUUUGCGUCGGUGUUCUGUGGACAGACAGAAAGCGCUACCACAACCGGAAAAGCAGAAACGCUUAAUUGCUUAGGCGAGAUGAACGAGGCAAGAAUGGCAGCGGGAUUGCCGAAGUUUGAGGAGGCAACUCAAGUAGGACAAAUUCUGCCGGAACAUUCUUCUUCAGGAAAAGACGUAGCAGCUUCUACUUUAUGGGACCAAAUAUGCAAGAAAAUAAUGGGGGUUGCUGGCGAAAUAACUGAAAUCCAAAAAUUGAAGGGCAUGCCCGCAUACUACCCUGGCGAGAAGGACUGCAAAGCAGCAGUGCAAUCGUGGAAAGACGGCUUUUCUCUCUUCAAUAACCAGCUGCCUCCAACAUACGUAGAAUUGGGCAACCCUGAAGUGUACAACGACAGGGGUAUCUCCUUUGUCGCCCUCUAUAACCCCAAGGCGAGCCCUGUGGCCAGCUGUGCCUUUGCCACCUGCACAACAACGGGCGCAGGUCCAGCUGCUGCUGCAGCACAACCUAAAAGCCAGGGUGGCCACUCACCAAGAAGGCUUCAAGCUGAAGCUCAGACACUUACUGCCGUUAUCUGCUUGACGAACCCGGAGGCCUUGACUGCUGGAGCAGCGCCAUUCAAGGAAGAUGAGUGGCAGAAGAUUGCCCACGCUAUGAAUGGUACUGAAAGUGUAAAAGGCAGUUGGGCUCUACAGGCCAGGCCGUCACUGGCCCUUGGGUUAGUAAUAACCCUUUUCGCCUACGGUCUUUUUUGA